AUGGAUGAGUUACAUAUUAGUGGAGAUUUUGGGCUGUUGUCCAAGAAGCUCAAAUGGUUGUCUUGGCAAAACUGUCCUUUAAAAUAUAUACCAUCAAAUUUUCCUGCUGAGAAUCUUGUAGUUUUAGAUAUGAGCGGCAGUAAUAUGCAAGAAUUUCGAUUGAAUUUGCAGUGUUUUAGAAGUUUGAAGAAGCUGAAUCUCUCUUAUUGCGAGCAACUCAGAAGUCUUGAGACUUUGCUGCUUGGUGGUUGCACAAGUUUGACAGAGAUCCAUCCAUCAAUAGGAAAUUUGGACAGACUAAUUAAACUAGAUAUGUCUCGUUGCGAAAAACUUGGGGAUCUUCCAAGCAGUAUAUGCCAGCUAAUAUCCCUUGAAGAAUUGUUCAUUCAUCACUGCUCUUCUAUAAAAACACUGCCAGAUAACCUUGGAGAUAUGAAAAGUCUAACAUUUCUUUAUGCAGAUGAUACAGGUAUAAAACAAUUGCCUAGAUCUGUUGAAAUGCUAAGAAAUCUUGUAACUUUGAGAGUGGGAGGUCAAGAGUUAGAGGCCAAAAGGAGUAUUUCUGGAAGAGGUGUCCAUCGGAUACAAUAUUCCUUGCUAACUUUUGUAGCCGAAUUGAGCCUUAGAUAUUGUAAUUUGUCCGAUGCUGAUAUUCCUAGGGAUAUUGGAAUACUUGAUGGACACAGAUAA